AUGUCCAUUUUAUUUUCUCAAACUGAAAAAGACAAGCUGGUUCUGAUUGAGAACGGUUUUGAUUACAUUCAAGAACGUACUCAUGAAAAUAAAGUAUAUUGGCGAUGUACACAAUGCAACAAACAGAAAUAUAAAGCUAGAUUGCAUACAAUUAAUAACACAAUUUGUCAUCUAGUUGGCGACCACAAUCAUGCUCCAAAUCCGAGUAUAAGUGGAAUUCGUCAAUGUCGUUCUGAAAUUCGUGACCUGUCUAAAACAACAAUGGCCACACAUUCAAUUGUUGCCACAUCAAUUGCUACAGCAUCUACUACAGUGUUAAGCCAGCUUCCACCUAUCAAUGACUUGAAACGUACCAUCUGUCGACGACGUGCUGCUAAUCUAAAUUUUCCAGCAAAUCCUCGAUAG